AUGUUUCUCUGCAACCUGCUUCGACGCAUUCCAAAAAGCACGAGCUUGCAUUGGCAGAAUGCAGCUGCGAAUAGGAUAUCAUUGCUAAUAAGACAUGUCCCAUUGACAACGCGGGUUCCGGUGGCGACGCACUUUUACGUGUGCAGACGGACAUUGAGCACGCCUGCCCCCAUGGUCAAUGUCAGUGACCUAUCCAUAGAGCGGUAUCAUGCACUUUCUGACGCGACCAUGACAACGUUACUCGAGCGGCUCGAGGAUUUGCUUGACACAGUAGGAAACGACGCCUAUGAAGUAGAUUAUCAUAGCGGCGUCCUGACGCUCAACUUAGGUACCUAUGGGACAUACGUGAUCAAUAAGCAACCACCAAACAAGCAAAUAUGGCUGUCUUCCCCACGCAGUGGUCCCAAGCGCUAUGAUUACGUACCGGAAUCAGACGGCUGGCGAUAUGCGCGAGAUGGAAUAGGGCUUGGCGAGCUGCUGGAUGAGGAGAUAACGGAUAUGCUCCGAACUAAAGUCUCCCUGCAUCUAGAGGGUGUGUCUACUCAGAUACGGGAGUAG